AUGGGUUAUUUAAAGCAAAUAGAUGUCGAGAAUUUCAAAUCGUGGCGCGGACGGCAAAUUAUAGGUCCCUUCAAAAGGUUUAAUUGUAUUAUUGGGACUAACGGUUCUGGCAAGUCUAAUGUAAUGGAUGCUCUCAGUUUUGUGAUGGGAGAAAGGGCAGUAAACCUGCGAGUAAAACAUACAAGAGAUCUUAUCCAUGGGGCUCACAUUGGGAAACCAGCCUCUGCUACUGCCAGGGUGAUGAUGACAUACUGUGAAGAGAAUGGAGAAGAAAAUACAUUUUCAAGAACCAUCACAGGAGAUUCUUCAGAGUAUCAUCUAAAUGGCAGAGUUGUCAGCCUGUCACAUUACACAUCAGAACUCCAGAAAAUAGGCAUCAUUGUCAAAGCAAGAAAUUGCUUAGUAUUCCAGGGGGCCGUGGAGUCGAUAGCAAUGAAGAAACCAAAGGAGAGGACUCAGCUGUUUGAGAGAAUAAGUAACUCUUUGGAUCUGGCAGACAGCUAUGAGAAAAAGAAAAAAGAGUUGCAGAAGGCUGAAGAAGAUGCCCAGUUUCAUUAUAACAAGAAGAAAAACGUGGCUGCGGAGCAGAAGCAUGUGAAACAAGAGAAGGAGGAAGCACAAAAAUACCAGACGCUGGUAGAAGAUUUAAAUGAUAAAAAAGUCCAGCUACACCUCUGCCAUCUUUACUAUAACGAGAAGAGUAUCGACAGCCUGAAAGACAGUCUUCAGGAAAAGAAAGGAGAUAUUGCAAUCAAGAAAUCAUCACUGGAACAAUCAGAAUCAAAAGUGAGAGCCUUGAAAAAGGAGCAUGGCAGGCUGUCCCGGGAGCAGCAGCAGAUUGAGAAGGAGAUCAAAGCUCAGGAGCAAGCCCUCAAUCAGAAACGACCCCAAUACAUCAAAGCCAAAGUGAAUACUUCUCACCAGAUCAAAAAGGUGGAGGAAGCGAAGAGCUCUCUGAAGAAGAGUGAGAAACAGUUUAGUAAGAAGGAGCAGGAGAUACAAGAGCUGGAAAAUGAGCUAGCUGACUUGGAGAAGGCCUGGAGGGACUUUGAGAGAAAGGUAGAGGAGCAGACCUUAACGGUGGGGAGAGAUGUACAGCUGGAGGAAAGCCAGGUUAAGCGCUACAAGGAGCUGAAGGAGCUGGCUAGGAAGAAGGUGGCAACCAUGUCCCAGCAUUUUGAGAAGCUGCGGUGGGAGUUGAAUGCAGAUUUCGAGAAGCUGGAGUUUGAUCAGAGGAGGAAGAAAGAAGUGGAGGGAAACAUGAAACAUACCCUGAUGCAGAUAGAUGACUAUACAAAAAGAGCAGAACAACUGGAAGAGUAUAUCAACACUUGCAAUGGUGCACUGAUAGAGCUGAGGAAGCAGGAGGAGAGUCUGGUGGAGGAGAUGGAGACCUCCAUGGUGCGCACAGCUGAGCUGAAUGAGAAACUGGGUGGUGUGCUCGGAGAACUGCAGAAUGCACGCAUUGACCAUCAUGAGGGGCGCCGCCAGCAGAUGAGAGAUGAGUUGCUGGAGAGUAUGAAGAGACAUUAUCCGGAAGCUGUGUUUGGAAGAUUAUUUGACUUGUGCCAUCCUAUACAUAAGAAGUACCAAUUGGCGAUUACCAAAGUCUUUGGCCGAUACAUGAAUGCCAUUGUUGUGACAACAGAGAAGACAGCUCGAGACUGCAUUAGGUUCCUAAAGGAUGAGAGAGCUGAACCAGAAACAUUUCUAGCCCUUGAUUAUCUUGAGAUAAAACCAAUCAAUGAAAGGCUGAGAGAUAUGAGAGGGGCCAAGAUGGUCAUUGAUGUGGUGCAGUGCAUCUCCCCUCAACUGAAGAAGGUUGUGCAGUUCGUUUGUGGCAAUGGGCUAGUUUGUGAAACCCUGAAAGAAGCUCGACAAAUUGCAUUCGGAGGAACCGAAAGGUUUAAAACAGUUGCCCUGGACGGGACUCUGUUCUCAAAGUCUGGAGUAAUCUCUGGAGGCUCCAGUGAUCUGCGCUACAAGGCCCGCCGAUGGGACGAAAAAGAGAUGGACAAACUGAAAGAGAAAAGAGAUGAACUGGUGUCUGAGCUCAGAGAGCUGAUGAAAGUGAAAAGAAAGGAGGCAGAUCUGAAACAGGUGCAGGCCCAGGCUCAGGGAGUGCAGACAAGGCUGAAAUACUCUCAGAGCGAACUGGAAACAAUAAAGAAGAAAAACCUUGCAAACUGCCUCCAGGAAAAAUCCAGACUGGAAAGUGAGCUUAUGAAUCUUGAAUCUCAGCUUUUAAUGUUAAAGAGGAACACUGAUGAAAAGGAAGCUAAAACAAAAGAAAUCCAGCAAGAAAUAAACAAGAUUGAAGACCUUGUGUUCUUUGAUUUCUGUAUUGAGAUUGGUGUUGGGAACAUUCGUGAGUAUGAAGAAGAGUAUGUCAAGCAGCAACAGGAGGUAGAUGAGAAAAGGCUGAGGUUUGAGACCCAGAAGUCAAGACUAAGCACCCAAGUGGAGUACGAGCGCAGCCAACUUGACAAGGAGAGGAAAAAAAUUCAAAAAUGGGAUGAGACGAUUAACAAAGAAGAGAAAAAAAUUGCUGAGCAAAAGAAGGAGGAAGAGAGUCUAUUAAAAGCUGUGGACAGAGCCAUGGCUGAGCAGCAGGUACUCAAAAACAGAUUGCUGACCAAAAAAUCUGAAGCAGAUGAUGCAAAAAAAGAGCUUGAAAAAAACACAAAGGAAUUGCUGGUGAUCUCCAGGGAAUUAGGAAAGCUGCAGAAGCAGUCCAUAUCCUUGGAAACUGCCUUGGAGCAGAAAAAAAUGGAAAGACACAAUCUCUUACUGGCAUGCAAAAUUCUGGGUCUUCAAAUAACUCUUCUAUCUGGAUCACUGGAUGAAAUCAGUGAAGGGGAAACAAAUUCGAGUUCCUCCUCACUUGAUACUGAAAGCACAGACACUACAGCAGGUAUUUACGAACGUGAAGGACAGUUUCAGAUAGACUACAGUGAUCUGUCUCAAGAACUUAAGGAUCUAAGAAGUGAAGAUGAGGUUGAGGCUCAGCUAAACAGACUCCAACAGACAAUUACAACACAGGAAAGUGUUUUACAGAGAGCCACUGCUCCAAACAUGAAAGCCCUAGAGAAGAUAUGGCAAGUCAAAGACAAGUUUCAUGGGGCCGUGGACGCUUUUGAUGCCAGUAGGAGAAGAGCAAGGCAGUGUAGGCAGGAAUUUGAGCAGAUCAAAGCCAAAAGAUACCAGCUGUUUAGUGCAUGUUUUGAGCACAUCUCUGUAGCCAUUGACCAGAUCUACAAACAGCUCUGCAGAAACACCAGUGCUCAGGCAUUCCUCAGCCCAGAGAAUCCAGAGGAGCCCUACCUGGAGGGAAUCAGCUACAACUGUGUGGCUCCAGGAAAGCGCUUUAUGCCAAUGGACAACUUGUCAGGAGGGGAGAAGUCAAUUGCAGCGUUAGCACUGCUGUUUGCUAUUCACAGCUAUCGACCUGCACCUUUCUUUGUCCUGGAUGAAGUUGAUGCUGCUUUGGAUAACACGAAUAUUGGAAAAGUUACAAGCUACAUAAGGGAGCAAUCCAGAGAGCACUUCCAGGUGAUCGUGAUAUCCCUGAAAGAAGAGUUCUACUCAAAGGCAGAUGCUUUAAUGGGUGUUUAUUCUGAGCAAGAUGAUUGCAUGUUUAGCCGCGUAUUGACCCUGGACCUUUCCCCCUACACUCUGUGAAGGGAAUGAGAGACUAUAAGAAAUGGAGCCAUAAUCAAGACUAAACCACCAAGCCAGGGACGACAGCUAAAGCAGCCAGUUGGCCAUUAGUUCUUUAGUUUUACCAUUGUCUAUUAGAUUUUUUGACUGGUUCAUUUUGCUGUUUUUAUGCAGACUUUUUUUUAAAUGUUGCAAUCUUCAUGUUUCACUGCAACUUUAACUUUUCUAUUGUGAUGUUC